UCUCGUCCCGCCAAAAGUUGUGGGCUAGGCACUUUCUCCACGAUGGCACACUUUUAUAUAAAUCUGUUGUCUCGUCGUAUUUCAUGACAAGUUCUUCAUUACAAGACAAGACAUAGAAACAUAUCCACCAACCCAAUUCACCAUUACUACAUUUGUUUCCGUAGUAUAGACUUCGGUUUACAUUUCUCUUAGACCAUUUAGACUUAAGAUCAUAUAUACAGAUAUAUCAACAUUCAAGAUGCCUAUCGCACUUACACCACCUCCGGUUCCUGAGGUCAAAACCCUCGGAGAUGCCAAGGCUCAGUCCGCAAACAAGAGAAAGAUUAUCUGCUUUUCAGACUUUGAUGGCACAAUCUUCAUGCAAGACACCGGACACGUCCUCUUCGACAACCACGGCUGCGGCUCCACACGAAGAGAGAUGCUAGACGAGCAAAUCAAGACCGGCGAGCGAUCCUUCCGGGACGUCUCGGAAGAGAUGUGGGGAUCUCUAAAUGUCCCCUUCGAAGACGGCUUCCAAGUCAUGGAGAAGUCCCUCGAGAUCGACCCAGACUUCCAGAGCUUCCACCAAUACUGCCUCAAGAACAACAUCCCCUUCAACGUCAUCUCCGCCGGUCUCAAGCCCAUCUUAAGAAGAGUCCUCGACACCUUUUUGGGAGAAGAGGCCUCGUCGCACAUCGACAUCGUAGCCAACGACGCGCACAUCUCGGCCGACGGCUCCGAGUGGAAGCCCAUCUGGCGCCACGACACGGAGCUCGGCCACGACAAGGCGCAGUCUAUCACGGAGGCCCGCAAGGAGGCGGAGACGGCGUGCGACGACGGCACGGUCCCGCUUAUCGUGUUCAUCGGCGACGGAGUAUCGGACCUGCCCGCCGCCCGGGAGGCCGACGUGCUGUUCGCGCGGCGCGGCCUGCGCCUCGAGGAGUACUGCCGGGAGCACAACAUCCCGUACAUCCCCUUCGACACCUUCGCCGACGUCCAGCGCGAGAUCGAGCGCAUCCGGCUAGAGGACGAGAAGAAGACGGGCGGCAAGGGCGUGCCUGUCCGCUUCAACCCCCGCGCUAAUCUCUGGCGCAGAGUGUCCAGCAAGAACGCUGUGCCGAGAUACGUGCUCAUGUCCCCGACUCGGGAGGACAAGAUGUUCCUCUGGCCUGAGGCCUUCUCCGAGCUUAAGAAGCCUGAGGUCGAAGUCACUGAGACGUCUAUGCCGACGGUUCAGGAGCAUGCUGUGAAGCACCCGGUGCAGUCUCAGGUGCAGAGCGCUGCUUAGUUGGAGGGUAACAUAUCAUGGUUGAACAUCUAUCUUUCUUGGAAGACUAUAUUGCAUAUCACGGCGUUCAUGUUGGUUUAUUUUUAUUUGUUUGGCAUGGUACAGCGAUGUGGAGUUACACGAUACCGCCUUGCGAUAGCACGAGGAAAGGAAAGGAUAGGCGUUUGGGUUAGAACAUAACAUGGUGAAGCUUGCGGGAUACAUCUAGAUUAUAUAUCAUAGUUAAAGAGGGGGGUGUUCUUAUAAUAGACGACAUUGUCAGGUAACUUGAACUUGAGUAUUAGUGUUGGUUUCUUGACACGAUCAACUACUAUUAGGAUAUUGAUAAUUUAAGAGUCUGUUUACUAG